CAGGGCUCAAACCCUUCCUCGGUCCUCUCUGCUCGGUGCCUCCACAGGGGCGACGCCAACAUGAGCCGGGGGUGCGUGUUGUGUUUAAAACGACACCGGCGGACAGAGAGGGAUGGAUGGAACAGUAUUUACCGUUGCCACGGAUACGGCAGGCAGAACGGCGGUACUUAGAGAUUGUUAACCCACACACCCUCAUGUGCUUUCGCUUCUCUCUCUCUCUCUCUCUCGCUCUUUCUUGUGUCCACGGCAGUGGGGAGCCCACCUAUCCACUGACACCACAGACAGACACACACAUCAGGUGAGAUUCCGCAGUUUUUUCUCCUUAUUCAAUUUCUUUUACAUUCGACAAAGACAAUUCAUUUCAAAUUUUUACUUUAUUAUGAUAGUCGUUUUUAUAAUUGUACAAAUUAAAAAAAAAAGCAUUUAUUCAAUAUGGUGAGGAAGUUGGUUAACCAUGAUGAAUAUGAUGGACUAGAAAUGCUCUGUUACCACGUGAGGCGUCGGAUUGGUCCAGCGACCCAACGACAGGAAGACAAGAAGACUCCAAUCCAGUCUGAAGAAGAAGAAGAAAAGAAGAAGAAGAAGAAGAAGAAGAAGAAGAAGAAGCUCUUCCUGAAUCCUGAAGACCAAUGGCUUCACGGGGGGGAUAUCCCCAAAACUGAACCAUCACCACGACCAACGACCAACAAAAACAAAAUGAUCCAAAAGGAGAAAAAAGGAGGAGAGGGGGGAGAGAGAGUGGAGAGAGGGGGAGUUACAGAGAGUGAGAGAGGGAGGAAGUGACAGAGAGGGGGUUGAAGAGAAAGAGAGAGAGGGAGAGAGAGAGAGAGAGAGAGAGAGAGAGAGAGAGAGGGGGCGAGUUCUCCACGUCAAGUGCCAGCAGUAACUCCAGCGACCAGGCCAAAGCGGUCGUACGCACCGGGUUCCCGCUUACGAAAAUAUCCGAAAAGAGGAAAAAGGGGUUGGAGGAGAGAGGGGGAGUCAGAGAGAGAGAGAGAGAGAGAGAGAGGGAGGAGAGAAAUAACGCAGUGUUUUCUCCCACUUUCCCUCGCCCUCCUCCUCCCCCCCCCCCCACCCCUUUGCGUCUCAGCUGUGAGAUGGUCACGCUCGCUCGCUCACUUCAAUUCUCAUUCUGCUCUUCCAUUGCAGCUCACUGGAGCCCGUAGUGAGGAAUUAUCUGGCUGUCAGCGAGGACCUGCGCUGGGGAGAUACGGCCAAGGGUGACUGGGGGGCGGCGGCGGUGGUGGUGCUGGGGGCGGUGGUGGUGGUGGUGCUGGGGGGGCUGGUGAUGAUGAGGGGGAGGACACCGGGAAUUCGCAGCCCGGAACGGUAGAUGGUGAGGGGGAAAAACCGGCCAGCUUGGGGAACUGCGGCGGGAAGGUGGCCGGUUACGGACCGGAGUCGACCAGACCCGACCGGGACCGGACCGGAUUGGACGAGUGCCAGGAACGCACUAGGACCGGGGACCUCUCUGAAUCCGAACCAAACAGGGGCCCAGAUCGGAACCGGACCCGGACCUGAAGGAUCCGGACCAAACCUGACGCGACCGGACGACCCUCGCCCACUCUAGACUGGACCUGAAGGAUCCGGACCAAACCUGACGCGACCGGACUACCCUCGCCCACUCUAGACUAGACCGGACCCGAACCAAAGACCAGACCGGGCCGGACCACCACACCGGGGCGAGGACCACAGACCGGCACCGGCGCCAUGCUCUCCUCGGCGCUGCAGAUCCUGGCCUUCGCCCUGGCCCUGCUGGGCGUGCUCGGCGCCACGGUGGCCACGCUGUCGCCCAACUGGAAGGUGAGCGCCGACGUGGGCGCCAACAUCAUGACGGCCGUGUCCCAGAUGCAGGGCCUGUGGAUGGACUGCACCUGGUACACCACCGGGGUGUUCAGCUGCUCCCUGAAGCACUCGGUGCUGGCGCUGCCGGCCCACCUGCAGGCGGCGCGCACCUCCAUGGUGCUGAGCUGCAUGGCGGGCUCCCUGGGCCUCUGCCUGGCCGCCCUGGGCCUCAAGUGCACCCGCUGGGGGGGCGGCCGGCGGGCCAAGGCCCACACGGCCGUGGCGGCCGGCGGGUGCUUCGUGUUUGCGGGCGUCCUCUGCCUGGUUCCCGCCUCCUGGUUCACCAGCGAGGUCAUCACCGCCUUCCUGGACGCCAGCGUGCCCGACAGCGGGAAGUACGAGCCCGGCGGCGCCGUCUACGUCACCUUCAUCUCGGCCGGGUUCCUGCUGGCGGCCGGCGUGCUGUUCUGCAUGUCAUGCCCCGGGAGCGGGUCGUCGGCGCACCACGACGACGGCUACACCGCCACCUCCGCCGCCUCCUUCAGCGCCACCUCCUCCUCCGCCGCCGCCGCCGCCGUCGACCCGGAGAAACUGAGGCAGCGGCAGCGGGAGAAGGAGGAGCAGGAGAGGGAGGAGAAGAAGAAGAAGGAGAGGGAGGAGGAGGAGGAGAGGAAGAGGAGGGAGGAGGAGAAGAAGAGGAAGGAGGAGGAGGAGGCGGAGGAGGAGAGACGCAGGGUCCAGCAGCAGGAGCAGGAGAAGAAGAAGAAGAAGAAGGCGGCGGCGGAGGAGUCGACGCCUCGGGAGAGGGAGAGGCAGUACUACUCCCCGUCCCGUGCCCCCCCGUCCUCCAACCUUAAGGGUCGCUACAGCCUGCAGGACUACGUCUGAACCCCCGCCUAACCCCCGCCUCACCCCCACUCUGCCUGAUGCACAUGGAGCUAGCCCUGACCAGACCCUGCUUGGCUGCCUGGGUUUUGUGGCUGCUUUCUGCCUUUCUGCAUUGAGGAGGAGGCUUUUA